UAUUCUAAUCAGGGCAGCGUAUCCAUGUAACCCCCGGUGGCAAAUCUUUGUGGAGUCCGGGCCUGUCCGUGUUUCCACAAGAUUUCCGUUCGGGAUAUUAUAACAGAAGAUAUCUCAAGCAAUCGAUGAUCACCACGUAAGGAAGAGCUGAAAAAACUCCAGUGUUCGCUCGCAGAUCGCAAGUCAAGGACCGAUUAUGCAGGGAUUCGGCGGAAACGUCCGGCCCGCGUCCUCGCCGUGCACGUUACGCGGGCGGCGGAGGGCGCCGAGCGCAGCGGCAAGGACCGUCGCCGGUAUCCCUUACCCGACGUUCGUCCUCGUCAUGGUGACACUAUAUGGCGCGUCGACGUGCAACGUCUUCUACCGCAUUGCAUUGCAGACGAUCAGAGUCGCCCCAGGACUUUACGGCUUGGGAAUGCUCGUUGGCGGGGUGCUCCCGUGUUUCCUAGCUUACCAAAGCUUAGGUUAUUUGGUGUAUCGUUUCUGCUAUCCUGGAAAGUUGAAGUCUCCCCUAAAAAAGAGGAAAAAAGAUAGAAAGUUGGAGUCAGCUUCUCCGGGAGCACCGAUGACGAGGUCGGCAGCCUCGCCGGUGUCCCUCUUUCAGCGGUGUGUGUGAGUUUUGUGAGUAGAUAGGUCGACUGGCUGCCCUAUCUUAUGGGCGUGUUGUGAUAGUUUUCGCCUAAUAUUUCUCUAAUUAAUUGAAAAAGCUCUUUUCUUAAUGAAUCACAAAAUACUUUGAGGUA